UCCAGCUGCAACCUGCUGCCUCUCUCAGUCUGCUUGUACACAACACCACGCCGGGGUUCUGCAUCCUCCUCUGAGCGAGCAUGGUGUUUACGAUGACUGUGGUCGACUUUUCAAAAAGUUGUUUUGUUUUGUGGAAGAAGAAGAUUUGGCUUUUACGCACGACGCCUUCUGGUUGCGCACUGGCCGUUGUGCAGGAUAUAUGAUAGGAAUUUACCCGAAGGCAUCUGGGCUUAGGUUUAGAGCUCUCUCUUUCUCCUCAGGGCGGAUUUUUGUGAGAUUUCCCCCCGCUGCAUAUCUCUCGCUCCCUCUCUUUCUCUUUCCCUGUCCCCGCGGCUCCGGGUUUAUUCUACAAUGUGCCACUGUAGCGGCCAGGGAAACGUGGACCCGGGUAGGGGGUCGUUACUUCGGCCUGAGCUGCUCUGUUGUGUCGGACUGUGCGGGACCUUUGUCUGUCUUUUUCGGGGUAAUUGUGUAGUCUGGUGUGGGGAAGCUUCCAGAGACCACGGCGGUGCACCACACUGGGAAGAAGGGACCAAUUACUCUGACUACAUGUGGCUUGCGGAGUAGUGAUUGCGCUGAUGGUUUGGUUUUCGUGGCUCUAUGUGCUGUGGGGCUUUGUGGUGGUCGCGACCUCUGUGGCCAAGGCUGCCAAAAGGAAGGUGGCAGGCCGACGGUCCAGACAGGUGUUUGAAGCGGAGCCUGUGGAGGGGGUGUGGUCUGUUUGGGGGGAGUGGUCAGAAUGCUCUCAAACCUGCGGCGUCGGCGUGUCGCAGAGGAGCAGGAAGUGUUUACCUCCUCCACCUCCACAGUCCCCUCCCCUCUCACACUCCCCACCUGACUGGGCGGAGUAUCUGCCCGGGGGCAUCAGAGGCCCUGUCAUCCCACCUGUGCACCCCUACUACUCUCCUCAUUAUCCCGGGGAACACCCACCUUAUCACGCCCCGCCAAUCUCCACCAAUCACAACCCAGGACUGUCUCUGUAUCGAAAUACCCCCGCAGGAGGAGGAGGGGGGGGAGGAGGAGGAGGAGGAGCUCCUGUUCCUGGACAGUCCAAUCCGUCUCCUCCUUUUUACCAACCAGAAUUCUCCGCCACCAAUCCGGACCUUGUGUCCGUUUACCGAGCCCCUUAUCGCGCUCCUUCACAUGGCUACAACCAGCCUGCACGGAUCAUCCGGAGACCGACCAAUCCAGGAGCAGUGAGGGGCGGAGGAGGCGGGAGCAGGAGGUCGGUCGCCACCAAUCGGGAGGGUUUGCCGGCGAGGAGGUCUUCCAGCAUCCGUCCAGGUCAGUUUGGGUACGGCAGGGUCCCCUUCUCUUUACCUCUGCACCGUCCAAACCGGCAGGCUCGCCACACAGUCAACGGUACCGACGCUGCAACACCAUCACCUGGACUAGUCGUGAACGAAGAUGAGGCAGAGAACGACAGCCGAGAGGAAGAGGGGAGGGGCAGUGAUGGAGAAGACAGGGAGGUAGUGAGGAGAGAAGAGGAGGAGGAGGAGAGGAAUGUAGAGCAGGAGGGAACAGAGUCACCUGUCAUUGAGGAGGUGCCAACGACGACCACAACACCUGGCAAACCACACCGCCAUGUUGACAGACCCUCGCACGUCCAUACGGAGCAUGUGAGGGGGAGACCGCGAGUCCCAUCAUCUCACGCCUUCUCGCGCUCCUCAUCACCAUCUGUAUCCAACCGCCAUCGCUUUGACUGGCACGCUGUCACCGCUCCACCUCCUCCCAUCUCUCCUCUCUCGCGCCCAAACUCCCCUGCCAUUGCUUCGCCUUUUUCCCCUCCUCUCCACCGCCCCGGCCCCGUGCACAGAGACAGGGAGCACCACCCAGGCUUCAGCCCACAGGCCCCACCCGCCGGGAACAUCUACCCCCUACAGCACCCCCACAUCCCGCACCUGGGGGUCGAGUCAGGCAGGGACGGAGGAAGAGGAGCUCCUGAGGUCCACAGAUGCUCUGGCCCAGAGAAGGAGUACCGCAGGUGCUUCUCACAGGUAUGUGGUGGAGGUGUGUUGGACUCCAGAGCAGAGCAGUGCGCAGCAUUUAACACCCAGGAGUUCAUGGGUCGUCUCUACAACUGGGAACCUUUCACUGAGGUUGGUGCGGACAAGCAGUGCGAGCUGACCUGCAGACCUGCCAGCUAUCGUUUCUACGUUCGCCAGGCCGAGCGAGUCAGAGACGGGACUCCCUGCUUCAACGUCAGCUCAAAUGACGUGUGUGUAGAAGGACGAUGUCUGACCGAGGGCUGUGAUGGGGUCCUGGGCUCCGGCUCUCAGAUUGACAAAUGUGGAGUGUGUGGUGGGCGGGACACCGCCUGUCGAAAGGUGACGGGAAGUUUCCAAAAUGUCACAGUUCCCCUUGGUUACCACAAGAUCCUGGACAUCCCACCGGGAGCUACAUUCAUUAAUAUCACGGAGAGGCGAGCAAGCCCUAACUACCUGGCCAUGAGGAGUGGCACAGGGGCUUCAGUGGUGAACGGGCGUUGGGCUGUGGACCCUCCAGGGGAGUACCAGGCAGGGGGGACUACCUUCACCUACACGCGACCUAGAGCACAGGUGGAGGGGGCGGAAGAGAAAGGAGAGUCCCUCAAAGCCCCAGGACCCACCACCACACAGUUACAGCUAUAUAUCAUUUUCCACAAGGAAAACCCGGGCAUCGACUAUGAGUUUUACAUCCCUGUGGAGAAGAAGGAGAGAGAGAGGGAGACAGCCAGGGAGAGGCCAAGGGAGCGAGAGCCAGCGAGGGCACCCUUUCGCAGUCCCCUCACUGUGUCAGUAGAAGAACCUCCUGCUGCUCCUCACCCUGUUUCAGUCCCUUCUUUCCCCUCUUCCUCCACCUCCUCCUCUGUGUUUUCUCCCCCAUCCUCAGACCGUUGGACAUCUGACAGGUUGCGUCCUCGAGGAGCUGCACCCAAUAGAAACGCUCGGAUCCCCCCUCGCACUGACCUGCCACCGGACACUCAGCCACCAUUUGUUUGGAAAAGAGGCGGACUCACUGAGUGUUCUGCUUCCUGUGGCAAAGGUUUUCAGUAUAGAGUGAUUCUGUGUAUAAACCGCCAUACGGACGAGGAGGUCCCGGAGAGGAAGUGUGACUCUGCAGCCAAACCUGUUCCUGAGGAGGAGCCUUGCAACACACACCCCUGCCCACCAUUCUGGGAGGCCAGUGCAUGGUCAGAGUGCAGUGUGUCCUGUGGCCCCGGGGUGCAGCAGAGGCAGCUACAGUGCAGGCAGAGCUUUGGGAACCGCUCCACCAUGGUCCACCCACAGCGCUGUGCCAACCUCACCCCACCAGAGUCCACACAGGCCUGCCAGCUCCGCCUCUGCUCUCACUGGGAGGUCAGCUCAGACUGGAGCACGUGCUCCGUGGACUGUGGAGUAGGGAGGAGGACAAGGGGUGUGCGUUGCGUCAGCGAUCAGGGCAGUGUGGUGAACGACAAGGAGUGCAACUCCAGGCUCCGUCCACAGGGAAGUGAGGAGUGCAACAUGGGACCCUGUGUAACCAACUGGUACUUCACUGAUUGGUCCAACACUUGUUCGGCGCAGUGUGGCCCCGGGGUGCAGAGGAGAGAGGUGGUGUGUCUGACUCGAGGAGGGGUCAGAGAGGGUAAAGGAGCAGGGGACUGUGUUGGGGAAAAGCCGGCAGAGAUGAAGGCCUGUAAUGGGGGUCCCUGUGUGCCGAUAGCAAUGUGGUACAGCAGCCCCUGGACACAGUGUAACGUCCCAUGUGGAAAUGGAACUCAGCGACGAGACAUCAUUUGUGUGCACAAGACGGGGAAUGAUUUUACUGUCGUACCAGCCAGUGAGUGUGCUCAUCUGGACAAGCCUGCUGCGGUCCAGGAGUGUGAGAUGGGAGAGUGUCAGCCACAGUGGUUCACGACAGAGUGGAGUGCGUGCUCACGUUCUUGUGGAAAAGGCUUACAGAUGAGGGAGGUACGGUGUCUAACACCAGCCAAAAAGCACAGCCUUGAAUGUGACUCCGACACCAAGCCUGAACAGGAGCAAAUCUGCAACACAAUACCCUGCAGUCCACAAGUCUCAGACGAAAACUGCCGGGACAGACAUCAUAACUGUGUGAUGGUGGUCCAGGCAAGGCUGUGCGUCUACGCCUACUACAAGUCCGCCUGCUGUGCCUCGUGUAUCCAGAGUGCUCAGCGUGCCAAGAGGCAAUGACCUGCAAAGCACAGACAGCCCAGGUGUGGAGGAAGUCAAUGAUUAGGUCAGAAGGGUUGAUCACCCCUUAAAUGACAAGUCUGUAGAAAUGGACAGCCCAGAUUAGACGUGUGAUGGCAUGAUGAUCAGAUAAAAUUCAACUAUUUUCUCCUGAGUCUUCAGGUAAAACACUGUGAAAACAGCCGGUUCCUUUCAUAAAGUUCGCUGUAUACAGUUUUACAGUGUCUCCCAGAACCACGUAUCCCACUGAGCUUGUUUCCGUUUACUUUGUGCAUUACCUUUAACAGGUUCAUAAUGUGUCACACAGGGCUGAGUGAUGCAUUUGCUGUGAUUUCCACUCUUGAAGGUUCAUUUCUAUGGCUGAGAGAUGAUAAUGGAAGGUCCUCGCUGAGGACACAGCUGUGGUUCAACAGCAAGUUUAGCCUUUGUUAAGAUUCCUCCUAAUCUACAGGAUCUUAAGACAGAUUUAGUCAGACAUGCAUACCACUAAUUAUGUGCUGAAAAAAUAAUUAUCAUGUGUGCUAGAUAAAGUGUGUAUACUGUAGUUCUGUGUGCUGAAGAUCUACUGGAAUAGAUCUACAGUGUGUCUUUACGCUGCAGAUGUCCCUAACUGAGCUACAGUGGCUACCCCCAACUGAGCUAGAAGGAUUUCAUUUACGUGUUGUGUGUCUUUUUUUCUGUUUGCCAAAAAUAUUUCCUCAAGUGUCCUCAUAUUGUUCAGUUCAGUAUUUGGACGGAUGAACCAAAGGAGUGGGGUGACCAUGGCAGUAAGUGACCAAAUAAAAAUAUAUCAGAGCGGGAAGACAGAGGCGAGAGGCUUCCCGAACAAGAAGGAUAUUAGACAAGGAUGUUAAACAAACAGAACAUACUCUGUCAAGUCCUUCAAAGUAUUCAUGUCAAGAUGCAUGUACGUGUAGGUCUUUUUAAAAGAGAGCUGUUGGAGUUCGAGUAAAAUCCACCGUUAAGGUGUGAAGACUCAUAGUUGCAGUUAUGUUUUACUAAACUAAAGAUGAUGCUGAUCACUAAAUAAAAUUAAAAAAAAAAAUGAAAUUAUCAAGUUGGUUGGUGGUGGGUUGUAUAAUUUUCUUCUUGUCAACAAAUAACAUGAAAAGACCAAAGCCAUCGAUGGAUUAGUCUGUCUAUUAAGACUUUCUGACUUUCUGACCAUGUCUCUGGCUCUCAGCCCCAAGUCCAGUUGUUCCUACUGAAGAUGUAAAUCUUUAAAAAUGGCUCAC